CACAGAAUAACAUCCUGACAUCUUCCAAGCAGCUUCUAUCUUUUCCGCAUGCUGAAGAAGCAAUGAACACCAAGUAGGAAGAAAAUUGGGUUCUGGGGGAAUCUGACCCAUUGAGCACCACUUGGUGAGGCAUUAAAAGCUCUCUGCUGGAUAAUUAAUGCUCAGUGACACUUCCUAAACUGCGAAUCUCAAAUCCAUAGGAAGUUAUUAUGGUAAAUAAUAUGAGAUCAUAGCACCAUAACUGAGUAAUGAGCAAAGGGUUUAAGACAUAUAUCAUCUGUAUUUUUUAAGGGGGGAAUAAAAAUAUUGCUCAAAAUGAUACUUUACAGAGGAAUAAACCACCUUCCACCCCACCCCCCAUUAACUGAGGUUCCCUUUCAAUCUCUUUGUUUCAGUGUUUGGCUGGUGCCGGUAGCUUUGGAAGUAAGGUGUGACUGAAAUAAUGCCUUAGUGCUAAUACGUAUUAUUACACCCCUCCUCGGUGUUUCUGUUUGCUCACACACAUUUGCUCUGCUGUCAGGCUUUAAUUCCUGUUAGCAAGGCUCUAUGGUAACCUACUUAGUAACAGAAAACAUCAGCUUAUGAAACUCCCCUUAGCAGCGGAGAAGAACAAUGUUGUUAAAGCCGAUCUUAGUCAGAGAUCCCAACAUCAAGGGCUACAAACUCUGGGAAGUGCUUCUGAAGGAAUGGGUGACUCCACGUGGUCCUCUUUGCCAUGCUACCAUCCCUGCUAUGUGACACCAAGGGCUGCUCAAUCUGCUCAUGGAUGCUUCAUCGGUCAUCCCACUUACAUCUGCAGUCGUUCUGUCUUAACACAUCCUACUUGUUUUGUUAGACCACGCAUCUCAACAAGAUGUUCAUGUCUCAGCUCCUGCUCCCAUUUCCAUGAAACAACAUCUGAGGCAUUAAAGAAUUUGAAGGAAUUGUUGGAUACUACCGAUGUUCCUGUUUUGGCAAGAAGGGAAACGGAUGGUUAUUAUUACCAAGGCAAAAUAAUAAAAGGCAUAGAGGGUGAGAUGAGAAAAUUCCUGGUACAGUUUGCCAGGCCAUUUGCAGUGGGCGAAGAAGACACAGUGAGUGUGCAAGAAACAGACAGUAGUGACAUCUUUGAAUGUGUGACUGGAAUGAGACACUCCAUCCUGCCAGGUGACAAAGUGCUGGCACCUUGGGAACCAGAGCAGAAGAGAUACGGGCCUGGCACAGUCCUCCAAGGCAUGGAGACUAGGGAUCCCCUGAGAGAGAGAGAAGAUGAAAAAAUUACCAUCAGCUUUUGGAAUGGCAAGAAAGCCAAAGUCCCAUUGGGCGUAGCCUUGUGGAUUCCACCCCACCAGUGGGAGAGGAUUGUAGAGAUGAUCCACAUGCCCCACACUACCAGGAAAAAAAUUGAAGGGCAGCUCCACAGGGCUAAAUAUUAUGCUUGGCCUCAUUUCAUAUCACCCUGUACAUAUCCAUGCACUUUGGGUGACCGCCGAAGGCUUCAAUGGACACAUUGCUCUUGUAUUUGUCCUUAUUCUAGCUGCUUCCAAAACACAUGCUCACAACGUGGAUAUACACAGUAUGCUUCCUGCUGCUCUCCUAAGUACUGUAAUUGCUGGUGGAAGCCCCCUUCAGCUGAAUUAACCAAGGACGAUUUCAGUAGCAGACCCACUACGCAAUUAUUAGCAGUGGAAGGUCCUCCUAAAGCAGAGUCUGCUCUUGCUCUGCCUGUCUCUUCCUCAAGCUCCUCAGCUACCCAAACUGAUUGGAAAGCAUCUUUGACAAUGGUAGAUCAUGCAGUGAACACAGAUUAUACCCUAUUUGAUAAGCCCAAAGUACAGGAAGUCAAAAGGCCAGACUGGAAAUACUGGAAGAGAAGUCACCCGAGCUCUCUUUAUAAGAGCCAAGGAUCCAGUGUUUUCAGCAGCUGCAGCAGGAAGGAAAGAACUGGAACCAAAGUAGCUCCACAUAUGGAUACAAUGCCAAUCAUUCUACUAAACCAGAGUGCCAUAUUUGAAACCAUUGAACAAUCUCCUCGAAACAAAUUUACAGUGAAAAAAGUCUUGAACCAGGAAGAUAUAAAACCAUCAUCAUGGGGAGGGUAAUGAAUAUUCAGUCACAGCAGAAACUUGUGCUUGACUUUAGGUAUUCAAACAGCAAUUCUACUUAUUUUAAGUGAAAAUGUGCAAGAAUGCAAUAAAUCAUUUAAAUAAGA